AUGCAAAUAUCAUCAGCUCAGCCGGUGUUUAAGUUGGAACUCAAUCAUAAAGUAACGCCUGGCGUAGUGACCAUUGCAAAAUACGAUGGCACCCAUCCAUGCCUCACUGCAUGCGCUGGUUACGACAAAAUAAUAAUCUAUCACCCUCACGGUGGCGUAGUCGGCGGUCGAGCGCAACGUUCGCAGGCGCACAGCGAGGUGUCCGAGCUGAACCUCAGCCAGGCUGUGAUCGCGCUCGCUGCUGGCCCUUUGCGCCCUGAUAGCACCAGAGACAUGCUGCUAAUUGGAUCCCCUACUCAGAUUUUAGCUUACGACGUCCACGAUAACACAGAUCUAUUCUUCAAGGAAGCACCAGACGGUGUUAAUGUAAUAAUAUCGGGUAGUUACGGUAAACGGCACGAGACACUUGCCAUUGUUGGUGGUAAUAGCUCAGUUCAAGGUCUUAACUGGGAAGGCACUGAGGUUUUCUGGAAUGUUGUCGGCGGAAAGAUUUGUUCUAUGAUUGCAUUUGAUUUCGAUAAGGAUGGGGAAAAUGAGCUCAUAAUCGGUUGCGAAGAUUCUUUUAUCCGGGUGCUGAAGAAUAACCAGUUCAUAGUUGAGUUGCCAGAGACUGGAUCAGUCUUAUGUCUAUCGCCUAUCACUGACGUGCGAUUCGCGUAUGGCUUGGGUAAUGGAACUAUUGGAAUUUAUGAAGAAGGAAUACGAUUGUGGAGAGUCAAAUCGAAGCAGAACGCUCUUUCCCUGCAAUGGUCAGGCGAGACUUUGGCUUGCUGUUGGGGCAAUGGCCGAGUGGAUUGGCGUUCAGGCGCCACGGGAAAAGUCUUGCGGCGUGUCCAAAUGCGGUCUGCGGCCGCUGCCAUGUUACUCGCUGAUUAUCGUUCUGUGGGUGCUCCAGACCUUGUUUGUGUUUCAGAUAAAGGGGAAGUUCUCGGUUACACCCCAUACCAAGAAGCAACAGGUUUCAACGCUGCCAAGAAAAUGUCUUCAGAGGAAGAUAGAGCGGCUAUCACAGAACUGUUUAACAAGAAACAAGCGUUGAUGAUUGAGUUGCAACAUUACGAAGCGAACUUUAACUCGGCUAGUGGUUCUACGAGUGUUGAAGACCGAUCGUCGACGGCUAUGCCCACCAAUACGAGACUGCAAGUUGCUGUUACGCCAUCGAUUGAUGAGGGUUCUCUAGAACUAGCGAUAACAACAACAAACGAGACUAUAGUUCGCGCUGCACUAAUUCUGGCUGAAGGCGUGUUCGAAUCUGGCGAGACGCUGGCUCGUCAUCCCACACCUACGCAGCUGCGAUCUCUGCUGCAGGUUUCUCUGCGGCCGCCCAGGGAUGUGCCCAUUGACGUACACAUUAAGGCUUUAGUGGGUUAUGCAGACAGUGAACAGUUUCAUAUAUUUGAACUGACGAAACAGCUACCAAGGUUUGCCAUGUACACUUUAACACUCCCUCCCCUGGAAAUAAGCAAACAAACUAGAUAUGUGACAUUCAAAAUAAUGGAAAGAGUACAGAGAAUUUGCAUUUGGAUCAACCAGAACUUUCUACUAGAAGAUGAUGUUGAACUGGAAACUGAGGACACAAAGGAGCUUCAUAUAAGCUUUACUUGCUUAAGAGAUAGAUCCAGGCUGGAUAUGGAUUUUGGAGCUGAUGGUCAAGUCAAGAUAAGUACGCCAGAUAUACGGCUGGCUGGAGAUUUAAUACAGAGCUUGGCUACUUACUUGAAUUUGGGUGACUUGCAGUCCGUGGCCCAAUUUCCAGAAAUAGAAGAGAAACUGCGACAAGAAAUGGAAGUCGCGUCGCAAGUGGGAGAAAUGAGAUCUCGUUUAGCGGCAGAAACUGCCGAAAGGGCACAGUUAAUCACUGCGUUGUUGCCGGCUGCGGAAGAUGCAGCUAAUUACGAUCUGAAAGAAAUGUUAAAUCGCUACAAAGAAGUAGUUAUGCUGAACGAAGAGUUGCUUACCGGGUGUCACAUUAGACGAGCUACUCAAGAACAAGCAGUCACGGCGCUCAAGAGCUUGCACACAUUGUUACAACACGCAGCUAGACUCCGAGUGGGAAAAUACAGCAAAGCAGUCGUAGCCGCGAGCAGGAAGGCAGUUCGCGAUGACAACAUUGAAGCUCUCAUUAAAAUCCUGCAAGUCGGGGGAGGCGAUUCAUGAACUUUGACAAUGUGUUUAUAUAAAAAUAA